AACGGGCUGGGACACGGGCUGGGACACGGCCGGGACGGGACGGGAGCGGAGCGGAGCGGUGCCAGGUGCCCCAGCCGAGCGGCCCCGCGCCUGUCCCCGCGCCUGUCCCGCACCUGUCCCGUAUGCGCGGCUCCCGGAGCGGCGCCGCGGCUGCGGAGCGCUGAGCGGAGCCGAGCCCCCGCCGCCGCCCCGGGGCUGUCUCCGGGCCAUGGCCGCGGCGGCGACAGAGCUGCCCGGCGGCAACGCCAGCGCCAACCAGAGCGCCGCCGACCCCACGGUGUCGCGGGACGUGUGGAUGGUGGGCAUGGGCAUCCUGAUGUCGGUGAUCGUGCUGGCCAUCGUCUUCGGCAACGUGCUGGUGAUCACGGCCAUCGCCCGCUUCCAGCGCCUGCAGACCGUCACCAACUACUUCAUCACCUCGCUGGCCUGUGCCGACCUGGUCAUGGGGCUGGCCGUGGUGCCCUUCGGCGCCUGCCACAUCAUCAUGGAGAUGUGGAAGUUUGGGAACUUCUGGUGCGAGUUCUGGACCUCUUUGGACGUGCUGUGCGUCACGGCCAGCAUCGAGACCCUGUGCGUCAUCGCCGUGGACCGGUACUUCGCCAUCACCUCCCCGUUCAAGUACCAGAGCCUGCUGACCAAGGGCAAGGCGCGCGUGGUCAUCCUGGUGGUGUGGGUGGUGUCGGGCCUGACCUCCUUCCUGCCCAUCCAGAUGCACUGGUACCGGGCAGACCACGAGGACGCCAUCCGCUGCUACCAGAACGAGAUGUGCUGCGACUUCUUCACCAACCAAGCCUACGCCAUCGCCUCCUCCAUCAUCUCCUUCUACCUGCCCCUCGUCGUCAUGGUCUUCGUGUACGCCCGGGUCUUCCAGGUGGCCAAGAAGCAGCUGCAGAAGAUAGACAGGAGCGAGGGGAGGUUUCACACCCAGAACAAGGAGCAGGAGCAGAAAGGGGGAGCCGGGCACCGCCGCUCCUCCAAGUUCUUCUUGAAGGAGCACAAGGCCCUCAAAACCCUGGGCAUCAUCAUGGGCACCUUCACGCUGUGCUGGCUGCCCUUCUUCAUCGUCAACAUCGUGCACGUCAUCCAGGACAACAUCAUUCCCAAGUACCUGUACAUCCUCUUGAACUGGCUGGGCUACAUCAACUCUGCCUUCAACCCCCUGAUCUACUGCCGGAGCCCCGACUUCAGGUACGCCUUCCAGGAGCUGCUGUGCCUGCGCAGGUCCGCGCUGAAGAUGUACGCCAACGGCUACUCCAACAGCAACGGCAGGAGCGACUACAACGAGGAGGACAACGGCUACCCCCUGGCCCCGGAUAAAACCUGCGACUUGCUCUGCGAGGAGGGCUCCUUCCCUCGCCCCGAGGACUUUUUGCACGGCAAAGAGAUCCCUGGAUGCCCAGGAGUGGUGGAGAGCUGAAUGACCCAACCUCUGUUCCUCGCCACCCUGAGCUCGUGAGGGCUCUGCAGAGAUGGAGUGGGAGCACGGCCUCGCUUCCCCGAGCCGGGGGGUGCUGUGGGAAGCGACUGCCUUGGCAAAGGUCCUCAUCCCAACCCAUCACCCACCAUGCAGCACCUCCAGGAGAAGCUGGGCAAGGACAACCAAGGGACCAGGAGAGGCUCUGAGAGCCUUGGAGGACACCGAGAAGCCACAGGAACUGAAGGAGGGGAUGUCCAAACCCUGACAAAGGUGCCGAGGGCUUUUUCCCCCUUGGAAAAGCCUUUCCCAAAGGGAGCACCACGUGUGGUCUCCAGCUGGUUUGGAAGAGGCACAGCCAGGUCUCAGGGCCAGGUCAGGAGCCCAGCAGGACGAGCUCGUGGCAGCCUGUCCAGGGGAUCCAGGUGAAACAGGGAUCUCUGCAAGACCAGGAGAGGGGAGCAUGGAAGAUUCCUUCGAUUCGUUCUGUGCUUGUUUCUCCUUCUGGUGUCUUCUCUGUCUACCUCUUCUCCUCUAGAGAGCACGGGGGGCCCUGACUGUCACAAAGGAGCAGAAGGAUUGGCACAGGACAGGAAUGUGGCCUUUGUUCUCUCCUUGCUCCAAAAAAAUCUCCAACUGUCCUGCCUGGACCUCAGCCAUUGGAAAGGCUGGGACCUGGCAAGCCUUUUCCUUGCAGGAAGUCACAUUUUAGCAGGACCAGCCACCCUUGGGAGACAAGAUUUCCCACCUGAGGCUCAGAACAUGACCAGAACAUCCAUCCCUCUCCUGCAGCUGUGGGAAGGAGCACCCUGAGCUCCUGACUUUGGAUUGUGGAAAGUCAAUUAAGUCAUUAAGCGGAGAAAGAGAGGGAGGGACUUACGGCCUCAGGCAGAAAACAGCAGGAAAAACUGUCUGAAAACCAUAAAAAACGUGCUGGACUGGCAGGUGGUGGCCCAGGUGCAGCUCUGUGGUCACUGAGCUGCUCCCAGAGCUGGGCAGGACGUGCUGGUACUGAACUGUGGGAGCCCCAUCUCAGACCUCCCCUCUCGGGCUUCCAGCUGCAGAACCUUUCCCUCCAGUGCAAUCCUAUUUAUUUAUUUAUUGUCUCGCUGCUUGAUGUGAAGCUGCUAAAGGAGCCCCCUCCCCACAAACAGCCAGGCCUGUGGGAGGGGCAGGACACAGGGACACCUCCCACCACACCAGGACAGACCUGCUGUGGUGGGCGGGUUGGACUCGGUGGUCUUCAAGGUUCCUUCCAAGCAAACCCGCUCCGUGGUUCUGUAGGAUCUGGAAAGGAUGUCCCACCCCUGGAAGUGUCCAGGGAUGGAGCCCUGAGCAGCCUGGGAUGGUGGGAGGUGACCCUGCCCACGGCAAGGGGUGGAAUUGGCUGAGCUUUAAGGUCCUUCCAUUCUAGGAUUCUGUGGAGAGGGCACGUGAGGGAAGAGGGAAAGCUGAGACCAGGACUGUCGCUGGGGUGAGGAUGCAAUGUGGAUCUUUCAAGGCAGAGCUUUGUUGGGAAGGACAGAGGCUGCAGGAGCUCAGCAGUGCCCCUCUAGCCUGUCUCUCUCUGGAGGAUGCCCUGAAAUCCCUUGGCACAGCUCCCACUGCCCUAGGAGAACCCAAUUUCUCCCUUCUCUCUGAAGAGCCCUGCCAAGGCUUAGUCCAAAGCUGCUGAAGGGAGAUAUUUCCCAAAAAAAAAAAAACCCAGUUCCUCAGAAGAUUCCUGGCUGGCUCCUAUUCUGUACUGGAAACACAGUCCUGGGGUUGUUUGCAGCUUAGGGACGUGCUUGGGGUUGUGGCAGGUCUCUUUCUCCCCAGUCCCUGAUGUGCAAGAGCAGGUACAGGGAGAGAAGGGAUGAGCUCCAAUCCUUUGCCAGCCCAAAAGCAGGGACCUGCCUGGCAGAGCAGUCCAAAUCCACCUGCCUGCGCCCCUUUGGGCUUGUUCAGGGAUUCCAUUCCCUGGUGGAUCUAUUUCUGAGCGCCCUGACCCCGGGGUUACCGUGCUGUCCCCUGGGAGGUGGCUCCGUGCUCCCCAGCAGGAGCUGCUGGGAGUUUUCCACCUGCGUUUUCUCCUGGAAACUUCAUUCCAUUUCCCCUCGUGCUGCUCCUAAAGCACCUGCUGUUCAUGUUCUCCUGCCACUUGACCAGGGCUCCUCUUCCCCUUCCAAGACCCUCCCUGGCCCCCUGAUUGCUGCCACUGCCUGUCCUGGCACAGGACGAGCCUGGUCAUUAAUGAGGAAUCCAACCCCAUCCCUGGAGCAGCCUCUGGCAGUGCCCAGCUGCUGCUCCCUCCCUCAUUUGGGGUGCAGGGAAGGGGCAAACGGAGCCAAAAUGGAUCAGUGUUGGCACUGAGCACUCGUAUCCCAAAAUAUCAGGAAGAAAUCCUUCCCUGUGAGGGUGGUGAGGCCCUGGAAUGGAUUUCUCAGAAAAGCUGUGGCUGCCCCAUCCCUGGAAGUGUCCAAGACCAGGUUGGGAAAGGACUUGGAGCCACCUGGGAUAGUGGAAGGUGUCCCUGCCGUGGCAGGGUGGGAAUUAAAUGAUCUUUAAUGAAUUAAAUGACCUUUAAUGAAUUAAAUGAUCUCUAAUGUCCCUCCCAACCCAAACCCCCUGUGAUCCCGUGGGGAGCAGUCCCUGGUAGGGACAAGUGCACAGCCUGGGCCCAGCUCAGCAAAGCCCAGCCUGAGCUCCGGCAGUGGGGAUGCUCCAGUAGCCCUGUGGAGAUGGGCUGGGAACGUGUGGGGAAUGGGGAACUGUGCUCUGCCCUGCCUGGGAAUCCCAGCCCUGGGCUGGAGCUGCCGGGAGCUGGGGGCACGCGGGGAGCGGGCCUGGGGAGCUCUGGGUGCAGCUGAAGCACCACGGGGAGGGUCACAGCUCUGCUCUUGUCAAAGAACAAAUCGUUCCGGCAAAUAAAGA